AUGUCCGGUCCGCCACCCCCUCUACCACCGUACGCCAUCAACUUUGGCCCUGACGCGAACUGCACCCUCGAAAUCUGCGAUAUCCAGUACAGCUUGUUCAAGUACCGGCCGAGCCUACCCGUCAAUGCCCUCUUCCUCGCCCUCUUCGCCAUCGCCGCCAUCAUUCACAUCUUUCUAGGCAUCCGCUGGCGCUCAUGGUGGUUCAUGUCCUGCAUAGUGGCCGGGUGCGUCUUGGAGAUCAUUGGUUACGUCGGCCGUAUCCUGCUACACAACAACCCGUUUGCCUUCGUCCCGUUCAUGUUGCAAAUCGUCUUCAUCACCAGCGGGCCAGUAUUCUACACCGCCGCCAUCUACGUGACCGUGUCCAAAGCGGUCUCACACAGUAUCACGCAUCUCGCGCCGGAGGUCUCCCGAAUCCCCCCAAAUGUCAUGUACUGGAUCUUCAUCUUCCUAGACAUCGCCUGCCUCGCCAUCCAAGCCGCAGGCGGCGCCAUUAGCACCACCUCGGAGGGCAGCUCCGACCUGGGCGUCAACCUGGCCAUGGCCGGUCUGAUUCUCCAGGUUGUCAUCAUCGUCGGUUUCUGCGCCGUCUUCGCCGACUACAUGAUCCGCUACAAGCGAUCCCGCUUCUCGCGGCACCUCACCAAGCGGGAGAACGUCUUCUUCGCGUUCUUGUCUCUGGCCAUCUCGCUUAUCCUGGGACGAUGCGCGUACCGUGUCGACGAGCUGAGCGAGGGAUACCGCGACUCGACGAAGAUCACUAAUGAGGGGCUGUUCAUCGGUCUCGAGGGAGUAUUGAUCAUCGUCGCCGUCUUCUCACUGUGCAUCGGACACCCUGGGCUCGCCUUCGAGAGAGGCCAAGAGAGAGCUGGCGAGAGGAAGCAAUCAAACUGGAGCGUCGAGAGUGGUAUUACGAGCAAGGAAAGGCCGAGCAACGCGACCAACAGUGCUGCUUAG